AUUGUUUUAUUGAAUGCAUUGUAUAAAAGAUUAAUUGAAUUAAUGUUAUAAUAAUAACUGUUGUCAACCAUAAAGUCAUAUCUCAUGUGAUAUACAGUAAUAAUAAAUGGUCCAACAGUUUUAGUGAUCAUAAUGUCAUCCAAAGACACAGUCAACACAAGAGACAAACACAGUGACCAGUGGUCGCCAGCGAUCCCUAAGAAACGUGAUACUUUGCUGAAGUGGAAUGGAUGGGGAUAUAAGGACUCGAGGUUUGAAUUUGAUACUAGAAAUCAUAUGUUCAGCUUUACGGGUGAUCGCUAUCGCAUCGGAAGCCAAAAACUGCCACUUUUUGCCCAAUGGGUCGAAUCGGCUCUUGGAGUUGAUCUCAACACGAAGUUCACAUCACAGUCCGAAUCGCAAGCAUUAGAUUUACCGAAACCUAUCGUCAGUGAGGGUCUAAUGAAUGAUUUACUUAAGACAUCAAUUGCUCAUUCAUUUGAUGCAAGCGAUCGACUUUUCCGAAGUCACGGACACACAUUGCAUGAGAUAUUUACACUAAGAGAACAUAAGUUUAAAAGAGUGCCCGAUAUCGUGGUUUGGCCCAAAUGUCACGAUGAAGUGGUCAUAUUAGUCAAGUUGGCUUCAGAUCAUAAUGUAGUCAUUAUUCCUUUCGGUGGCGGAACCAGUGUUUCGGGAGCUCUUGAAUGCCCAGAAAAUGAGAACCGAAUGAUAAUAUCAUUAGAUACCUCACAAAUGAAUAAAAUCUUAUGGGUUGAUCACCACAAUCUUACCGCUCAUAUUGAGUCCGGAAUUAUUGGUCAAGAUUUGGAGAGAGAACUAGCAAAACUUGGGUUAUGUACCGGUCAUGAACCAGAUUCUUAUGAAUUUAGCUCUUUGGGUGGUUGGGUGGCCACCAGAGCUUCGGGAAUGAAAAAAAAUAUUUACGGAAAUAUUGAAGAUAUGUUGGUUCACGUGAAGAUGGUUACGUCGAAGGGCACUGUCCAACGCAAUUGUCAAGUGCCCAGAAUAUCCUCGGGUCCUGAUAUUCAUCAUUUCAUAUUAGGUUCUGAAGGGACUCUUGGAGUUAUCACUGAAGUCACACUUAAAGUUAGGCCAAUACCUGAGUGCCAAAAAUAUGGAUCAAUUGUUUUCCCAAACUUUGAGGUCGGUGUUCAAUUUAUGCGCGAAAUUGCCAGAAGACAGCUCAAACCGGCAUCAAUUAGGCUCAUGGAUAACGAACAGUUUAUCUUCGGUCAGGCCCUAAAACCAGGCACUGCAUCAAUAUUACAGUCAAUUAUUGACGGAUUUAAAAAGUUUUACGUCACUAAAAUCAAAGGCUUUGAUGUCAACCAAAUGUGUGUCGCGACACUUCUUAUGGAAGGCAAUAAAGAGGACGUGGAAAUACUUGAAACAAAAAUAAUAGAAAUUGCGGAACAAUUAGGAGGUAUGUCUGCGGGAGAAGAAAAUGGAAGACGUGGUUAUCUUUUGACAUUUGUAAUCGCAUACAUUCGAGAUUUAGGAUUAGAUUAUGGAAUUGUUUCGGAAUCUUUCGAGACAUCAGUUCCUUGGGAUAGAUGUCUGGAUUUAUGUCGAAAUGUAAAAGAAAAGUUAAGAACUGAAGUAAAAAAAUAUAUUGUUAGCAAACCGGCACUCAUUACAUGUCGUGUCACUCAGACUUACGAUGCGGGCGCUUGUGUUUACUUUUACUUCGCAUUCAACUAUCAGGACGGUAUGAUUAGUGGUGAUCCGGUCAGUGUUUAUGAGUCCAUUGAAAAUGCUGCCAGAGAUGAGAUUAUUGCAUCGGGUGGAAGUAUAUCCCAUCACCACGGAUGCGGUAAAAUUAGAAAACGAUGGCUCGAACAGACCGUUUCUAAUGUAGGUCUGGGAAUGCUUAGGGCUGUUAAACAAUACGUCGAUCCCAAUAAUAUCUUUGCCAACGGAAAUCUAAUGAUCCCGUCGUCUAAAUUAUAAUUUUUAAUAUUUUAUUUAUUUAUAGUAUUAAGUAUAUU